AUGGGCUCCGUAGUCCUAACCCACCUCCACACCGGCUGGCACGUCGACCAGGCCAUUCUCAGCGAGGAGAACCGCGUAGUCGUCAUGCGCUUCGGUUCCGACUCCAACGGAGAGUGCAUGGCCAUGGACGAGUUCCUGUACAAGAUCGCCGACCGCGUCAAGAACUUCGCCGUCAUCUACGUCGUCGACAACAAGGAAGUGCCGGACUUCAACAUCAUGUACGAGCUCUAUGACCCGUGUACGGUUAUGUUCUUCUGGAGGAACAAGCACGUGCAAGUUGACUUCGGCACCGGCAACAACAACAAGCUGAACUUCCCGAUAACCGGUAAGCAAGAGCUUAUCGACGUCAUCGAAACGGUGUACAAGGGUGCGAGUAAGGGCAAAGGUCUCGUAGUCUCGCCAAAAGACUAUUCGACAAAGUGGCUGUUCUGA